AUGGCUCUGCCUCCAAAAUGGUAUCAAUUCCUCGUCGGCGUCUUCGCCUCGCUUGGGUCGUACCUGUACGGCUACGACCUAGGUGUCAUCGCGGAAGUUGUGGCCAGCAGCACCUUCAAGGCCAAAUUUGCGGCCGAUGAUACCCAAACAGGUUUGGUUGUCUCCAUGUUCACCACUGGGGCGUUCUUCGGUGCAGCCCUGGGAGGGCCUUGCGGCGACUAUCUCGGUCGUCGAUGGACCAUUGUCCUCGGAGCCUUGAUCUUUUGUCUUGGUGGCGGGUUGCAGACAGGCGCCCAGAACAUCAGCUACCUCUGGUCGGGCCGCUUCCUCGCCGGGCUGGGUGUGGGCUUCCUGGUCAUGAUUGUUCCUCUGUAUCAAGCAGAGCUGGCCCACCCCAGCAUUCGAGGGCGCAUCACGGCCCUGCAGCAAUUCAUGCUUGGCGUGGGUGCGCUUGUGGCUUCGUGGAUCUCGUGGGCUACGUUUGUCCACAUCCAAAACAACAGCGCCCAGUGGCGAGUCCCACUCGGGUUGCAAAUUAUACCUGCCGUCUUUCUUGGCUUUUUGAUAUUCCUAUUCCCAGAAUCUCCCAGAUGGCUCAUGGACCACGAUCAACCGGACCAAGCUCUGAAGAUCCUUGCCCAACUACAUGCCCACGGUGACGAAAAGGAUCCCUGGGUCAUUGCCGAAUACGAACAAGUCCAGGCGUCUAUUGCCCACGAGCACCAAUACGAAGCCAAGUCGUAUCUCGAGUUGUUCAGGUCCCGAUCGGCCUUCCGCAGGCUUUUCCUGUGCUGCGCGUUACAGGCCAGUAUCCAAAUGACUGGGGUCUCGGCGAUUCAGUACUUUUCGGUGGAAAUUUAUGGCCAGAUCGGCAUCUCUGGCGACAACACGCUCAAGUACCAAGGCAUCAAUAGCAUUAUUGCCCUGGUUGCUCAGUUCUUGUGCAUUCUCUGCAUCGACCACACGGGCCGCCGCUGGCCCUUGAUCUGCGGCAACAUUGGCAACAUGGUUACCUUCAUCAUCGCCACCAUUCUGCUCGCAAAGUUCCCCCCGGGCGUUUCCACCAACACUGGCGCGCAGUGGGGGUUCAUUAUCAUGACCUGGCUGUACAACUUCUCCUUCAGCGCCACCUGCGGUCCAUUGUCUUGGAUCAUCCCGGCCGAGGUGUUUGAUACUAGAACACGAAGCAAAGGCGUGAGCAUCGCCACCAUGACCAGCUUUGCCUUUAACACAAUGAUUGGCCAAGUCACACCCAUCGCCAUGACCAACAUCGGGUACCGAUUCUACUACGUCUUCAUCAUCUGCAACUUCACCAACGCCAUCUUCUUCUGGCUGCUCCUGCCCGAGACGGCGCGCCGCCCGCUCGAGGAGAUGAACUACCUGUUCGAGCACGCGCCGUGGAUCGUCGUCGGCACCACCAGGGAGAGCUACCUCAGCCACGACCUGGAGAACAGACUGCACGAGAUCACCGCCGAGGCCGAGGCCAAGAGGGCUGGCACCGUGUUGCAUGAAGAGAAGGUUGGACAGUGA